CGAUAGCUCAUUGCGACCGCACAAACCUCUUCCACGUCGACCGCACCAAGUCCAAUAGCCGUGUACAGCUCCUACCGAGCUUCGCCUCCAAUAUAUUGGGCCCUUGAGUGCGCCGUUGGCCUCAUCCCAAACUUUUCCCCCACACAUCGAACUCUAGCAGCUCAUCCAAUAAACUAUCAUCAAUAUGUCGGGCGAGGCGUGGUUAUACCUCUUCGCGGUGCUGAUAAAUGCCGUCAACCUCUUCCUGCAGGUCUUCUUCACGAUUAUGUAUAGCGACCUGGAAUGCGACUACAUCAACCCUAUCGAUCUUUGCAACCGCCUGAACACGUACAUCAUCCCCGAGGCUGCUGUACAUGGAUUCCUCACCUUCCUAUUCCUGAUCAACGGGUACUGGUUGGCGCUGGUCCUCAACCUGCCUCUACUUGCAUGGAACAUUAAGAAAAUCGUUGACAACACCCAUCUCCUGGAUGCUACCGAGAUAUUCCGGAAGCUGAACGUGCACAAGAAGGAGUCCUUCGUCAAGCUCGGUUUUCAUCUGGUCAUGUUCUUCUUCUACCUGUACAGCAUGAUUGUCGCUCUGAUCAAGGACGAGACCCACUAGAAGACUAAGGACAUUCUCCGACCGAAUGUAGCCGCUGAGGACCACCUCA